ACCACAACCAUGAGAUCAACCAGAUUCGCUGCUACGGACACUGCCAGCCAUAUCAUAGAUCAAAAUAAAAACGUUUUCCGUGAUUUUUAUGAUAAUUGAAACGAAGAAAUAGAUCUCAAACGCUUUACUGAUCUUAUCUUUCGCAACGUUUAUUGUCAUCGACCAAAAUGCCUAUGUUACUGCAUUUUAUGAAAACGCAGUGGGCGUCCGCUUUAAAAUUAUCCUGUGUUGCAUUGAUGGUAUUUCUGGCCUGUCCAGUGAACUCCAUGGAUGUGCUGGUGCCACCACAGAUCUACGCUCUCAAUGGGACUGAUGUCAGAAUCCCCUGUGCAUUCACCUCAUGCUACAAGCUGGACCCCAGCAAAUUUGCCAUGAACUGGACCUAUCAGGAGACAAGCAACAGCACAGAAGAGAUGUUCAUGACCUAUAAGAACAAGAUAACACCCUUGAAGUCAAGCCGAUUUGGAGAUCGAGUCAUAUUUUCUGGAAACCUGGAUAAGAAUGACCUGACCAUCACUAUCUUAGAUGUUCAGCUAACGGAUGAGGGCAUCUACCACUGCUAUGUGCGCAACCCUCCAGAUCGCAUUCAGGGUCACGGCACCAUCCAGUUCGUCAUCCUGACUGAAUUACCGCCACCAAGAGAUUCAACUAUUGCUGUCGCCAUCGGGGCAUCUGUGGGGGGAGUCCUAGCUUUGCUCAUUCUGUCCAUGGUGGUGGUGAAAUGUAUUCGCAGACAUAAGAACCAGGAGCUGAUCUCAGAUGAGCAGAAGAUGGAAGAAGAGGCCAAACCAGAUGGAGAAGGAGGCACAGAAGAAGCAACAAAACAGUCCUAACCUGCCAUCUUAGCCCUGGAUGCCUAACGGAUGGUGGAGCUCCAUCCUACACAUUCUGGUAAAAUGAAUGUUAGCAAAUGUGUUUUGGUGGUCGUGUGACUGAGGUUGAAAGUAGCCCUUUAGUAGUAGAAGUUUUCCAUCUAGUCUGUCCUUUAUUUACUGUGUUCUGGAACCAAAUAUCCUGAUUUCUAUCACUCUCUUUGUAGUCUUCAUUUACAAGUAUAUGGUUAGGUUCUGUGGUGUCGUUGUUGUGGUGG